UUGGAACGAGAUCCGAAAAUCACCGGAAAUAAUACAAAUGUUAAAAAUGUAAUUUAACACUUUUAACCGGUGCAAGCAGUAUUUGCAAUCAUGUCUCACAAUGGGAAACUUCAUAGCCUCAGCAACUUUGACUUCAGGUCACGGAUCGUCGAGUUGCGGAAAGAUAAGAAGCUCUGUGACAUAACCAUCCAGUUAUCAGACAAUUCACAACUCACUGCCCAUAAAGCUAUAGUGUACACCUUCUGUAAAACUGCAGAAGUGCUGUGUUCAGACAACACUAUUGUGAUUCCAAUGCCAGAUAUCUCAAUUGAAGUUUUACAGCAUGUGUUGAGCUUUAUUUAUGGUGAAAUGAUCAUUGUGGAAGAUAAUUACAUUGGAGCUGUAGAUAUCUUGGCUCAUUACUUGGGUGUAGACGACCUAAUCAGGGUGAUUGCUCCUUUUUCACAUGAAAUCAAAGAAGAACCUCCUGAUUGUUUAAAUCAUAAUGAAGAGAAGCCAAUUUUCCAUGCAACAAUAUUUAAUGAUAUUGGCUCUGAUUUUCAUGACUCACAAGACAUUGCUAAUGGUGAACAACUUAAUAGUGUAGCAUUAACAGACAGUAGAGAAGCUCACCCUGUUCUUGCAAGCAGUUCUGCUGAGAAUGAUGGGAUCCUAGCUACAGAAACACAAAUGUGGAUAGAAAGUAGGCCUAAAGCUGGACCUAGAAGUAAACGAAACAAAAAAAAAGAUGGGAAUAAAGAUGAUGAUUUGGCACCAGUUGUAAAGUUGCCUAGGCUAAAAAAACUCAGUGAACCUUUAGUUGAACUUAAGAACAUAACAAGCCGUUUCCCCCAGUUGCUUGAAGGUGGAACCAUUCGUGUCUCUGAUAUUGAGAUUGAGCAUGAACCUCAAGUAUCUAAUGAAAGCAUUAAUGAUGAUGGUACAAGAGAUGAUAUUAACAAUUAUGAAAGUGAUCCAGAUGGUGACAACUAUGAUGAUUAUGAUUAUAAUAUGACUCUAGAACCCUGUGAACCAUUGAAUGAAGCUGAUACAGCAAAAGUUGGGACCUUAAGUGCAGAUGUCAAGCCCCUUGUUCAAGAGAGUAUAAGUACAUCUGCAAGUAUCAAUACCCCAUCCUCAAAACAGACUCAGCCAAUUAAGCAGAAGAAAAAGGCAAAUGAACCACCUACUCGAACAAGGUAUGAUACAAGAAGAAGUAAUCAUGGGGAGCUCUCACCAGGCUUGAUUCAAAUAGUAGCCUCUCCAAAGAAAAGAAGUAGGGUUAGAUUGCCAUUGACAGAAGAGGAAAAGAAAAGGAAGAAUUUGUUACGCAGGGUUACAACACGUAAGGAGAAAGACUAUGAAUGGAUGCCGAGAAGUGUGAUCAAGGAAAAGAAAAGAAGACAAAAAUUUAAUGCACUCAAAAGAGAGGGGCAAAUUGAAAUGGACGAAAAAUUUGAUAAUCAAGAUACAAAUGGAAUUAGUGAUGAUGAGGAAGAGGAACUAGACUUACUCUACAGUGAAUCAGAGGAAAGUGAUGAUGAUAAUGAUCCAGAGGAAUUAGUUGUAGAGACCAAACCAUCUUCUUUACACCAGGAGAUGAGACUGCUUAAAUGUACCAGGGCAGAUCAUAUAAAUGUCGGAAAAAAGGUUUUCUGUCUGUACUGCUCCCAAGGGUUCACAAGCAAAUCAAGUUGGGAAGAACACAUAGCUAAAUCACAUCCUGAAUCUGGUAUAGAACUCCUGCAUCAAGAUAACAUGAUAUGUGAUACAUGCAAAAGCAAAUUCAAAACCAAGUACAAAUAUCUAUAUCACAAGUUGAGCUGUACCCCCGAGACAUACAGAAUGGCUCAUUAUUGUAAAGUAUGUGACAAAACAGUUGCUUCCCUAUCAGGCCAUGUUAAGAUGAAGCAUGGAGAGAAGAAGAAAAGAUGCAGAGUGUCUUCAUGUAAAAUGAUGUUUGCUCUACAGAGUUCUUUAAAUCAACACAUGAAGACUGUACAUGCUGAAACAGAUGAUCUAACUGUAUGUGAAAUAUGUGGUCUAAGUUACACAAAGUAUUCGUCACAAAGCAGUCAUCACGAAGAACUCUUACCAGACCUUAUUGAAGAUGUUGCUACUCCAAAGAAGCGUUUUAAAAAGACAAUUACAGAAGAAAACAAAAAGAAAAGGAGGAAAAGAUUACUCAAGAUCAACAGAUUUUCUGGAGCAGGAUUAUUCUGUGUAUAUUGCCCUGAUAGAUUCAUAGACAGGGCCACCCGUGAUGAGCAUAUAGCUGAAGUGCAUCCUGAAUCUGGUAUAGAAUUCCUGAAUAAAGAAAGCCUGAAAUGCGAAAUAUGUGGUGCCAUGUAUAAAACCAAGUACAAAUAUCUCUAUCAUAAGUUGAGCUGUACUCCAGACACUUACAAAAAGGCUCAUUUCUGUUCUUUAUGCAACAAAACAUUUGUGAACUUAACAGUACAUGUUAAGACAGUGCAUGAUGUAAAAACCAUGCAAUGCAAAAAGGCAAUGUGUAGAUCAAUGUUUGCUUCUAAGGGUGCUUUAAAUGAACACAUGAGGACUGUGCAUAAUGAGAAUCCAAUUAUUUGUGAAAUUUGCGGUUCUGAUUUUAAAGCUGUGUCUGCAUAUAGAGGGCAUAUGUUAAGAUCCCAUGCAAAGGAAGAAGAUUUGAAGUAUGUUUGUACAGUCUGUGGUUCUAGAACUAUUGUUCAUGAAAGAAAGAAUCCAUCUGUGUGCAAGUUAUGUGGUCUUGUGUGCUCAAAUACAGCAAAUAGGCAAAAGCACUGGGUUCGAAUUCACAAGACAAAGAGAGUUGAAAACCCAGAUGAUCUGUCUGAUAUGAAAACUAAGCCUUUUGUGUAUGCUAAAGAAACCACCAUUAUUGAUAGAGAUGACCAUAGAAUUUUCAUUGACAUUAACAAUCCUUAUAUUCAUGCAAUAGAUCCUCCACGUAAUGCACUUAAGUUCAAUCAACCAUAUGUAGGAAUUAAAAAAGACCUUGAUGAACCUUCCUCUGUAAUAACAGUUCCAACUAUUAAGUCAUCUGCAAUUAAUAAUGGUGCUGUGGCAGGUUUGCAACCAACAACAAACACUGGGGCUGGUAAUUAAUAAGCCUUUGUUUGUUACAUCACUUAAACGAUAUGACUUAAUUGUCUAAUUGUAUUCUUGAGGAAAGCCAGGACAUUUAUGAUUUCAAGAUGUUUCAUGGUUAAUGUAGAACUGUGCUUAAUAUUUUAAUAUUAUGUAGAUUAAUAGAUUAUUUACUAUGUAUGAUACUGUAUAUAUCAUCUUAUUUAUGAUCUAUAAUAAUUGUGUACCAUAUCUCUGGAGAAUUUCUUAAGAUACAUGUACACUGCAUUUCAGGCAAAAUGUGUAACUGGAUUUGGCAAAUUUUAAAAAUAAUUUAUUUUCACUGUACUGGUAUUUUUCAGGUUGAUUUAGUUCCACACUUUUUGAGAUUUGCUGAUUUGGUUCCCAGGGAUAUGUUUUGUUAUUACCAGAGAUGCUGAUGCUUUUUGUUUUUUUGUGAAACUUUUAUCCUAUGUUAUUAGGUGAUAAAUAGAUAUAUCUCUUGCAUUGGCAUCAAAUAAACCAAAAAAUGGCGAUGUAAUAGAGGUUGAGGUCCAGCGUGUCAUUGACAAAGAUUGAGUAAUUGUAAAUCUUAUGACUGUACAUAAAUUAACAUAGUUUACAGAGUGAGGGUCACUGGCGGAUCUGGGGGGAGGUUUUUCAGAAAAAAUUGGGUCCCAAAAAGUGGGCCUUUUUG